AGGCGUGGACCCAGUGGGUGUGCAGCCAAUGGGCUCCGGGCCAGGUGGUGGGAACCUUCAGUGUCCGACUCCUCCCAUUUUGGGUUCGCGUUAGGCCUGGCCGUUAGGGUUUGGGUGGUCCUCCGUCCCUGCUGAAGCGAGGCGGGACUCUUUUUGUUGAGGUGAGGUCUAGUAAAUGGUGAAGUACUUCCCGGCCAGAGGGUACCUGGGUCCGUGGGGUCUCGGUGGCGUGCAGUGGGAGAGGAGUCCGACCCGCGGGGGAACCCAGCCUCGCCAACGGAGCGGGAGGCGUGGAAACCGCAGUCGAGCCGGUGUAACCGAGGCACGGUCGUGGUUGGCCCUCCCGACGGCUCUUUCGGCCCAGCACCCGGGAACGCGGCGGAGCUCUCGGCCGCGUGGAUCCCAGCCCUUGUCACCUCCCUUCUUUCACCCACGUGCAGUCCCGGGCUGGAGAAGGGACUGCGGGCGCUCUGAGUUCUCAGCCCGCAUUCCAGUCUCUUGUCACCCGGUGCACAUCUUCAUGUGAGGUGAUUCCUAAGCACCUGGGGAACCUGAGGCUGUAAAAAGGGCUGCGGGGAGUGGACUGCAGUCCAAAAUCCAGAAGCAGAAUUUGAUGGUUUAACCACUGACCCAUUUCACAGGUCUCUUUUUAUUUUACUGUAUUUCUCUAAGACUUCCAGUACCAAACUUCCAUUGGUGGCAAGUGUCCCCAUCUGGUGCCUGACUGUAACAAAAAUGCUUCUGAUGUUUCCUCAUUGAAUAUGAUAUUUACUUCUUUGUUUUGAAUGUUUCAUGCAUUCAUGGACCGAAAGAUGGAGUUGGUUUUUAUUUUUAAAAUAAUAUUGUCAAUGAUCUGAUACGACUAUAUGUAUUCACUUGAUGAAGAUGCAUGGACUUGUCAUUAAGUUGGACUAGUGAUCAUUUCUGAAAGUUUCUUCAACCACAAUUUCUACUUGAAAAUUCAAGUAUCAAAGAAUAUUUGGUUUAGAGUGGUAUAAUGAUGUAUUUUCUCUGAGUACUGCAAAUUUCAUAGAGACCACAGUUGGAUUCCAGUUAUAUUCUACAAUCAAAGUGAUUCAGUUCUUUGAUAAAGUUAAUUUCGAAGAAUUUUAUGUUUGUAAACAACACCAAAAGAUGGGAGAAAAAAAUGGUGAUGCAAAAACUUUCUGGAUGGGGCUAGAAGAUGAUGGGAAAGUGGAUUUCAUAUUUGAACAAGUGCAAAAUGUGCUGCAGUCACUGAAACGAAAGAUCAAAGAUGGAUCUGCCACAAAUAAAGAAUACAUCCAAGCAAUGAUUCUAGUGAAGGAAGCAACUAUAAAUAAUAAUUCAACUUUGAUAAGGGAUCAUACGUCUGUGACCCAGAAUGCACAGGAAAACAAAUCAAGUUCAUUGCCCUCUACAUCACAUGAAGACUCCUUUCCAGAAGACUAUACCUCUCUAUCUACAGAAAAUAAGGAAAUUCCCCCUCUGGAAAAUAAAGUUGCAGACUUUAGAGAAAAAGAAUCAUCUUCAAAUUUAUCUUACCAAAAGCAUGACUGCUCUAGUGCCUGUCUGAUGAAAAUGCCACUUACCUUCAAGGGAGAAAACCCUCUGCAGCUACCAAUCAAAUGCCACUUCCAAAGACGACAUGCAAAGACAAACUCUCAUUCUUCAGCACUCCACGUGAGUUAUAAAACCCCUUGUGGAAGGAGUCUACGAAACAUGGAGGAAGUUUUUCGUUACCUGCUUGAGACAGAGUGUAACUUUCUAUUUACAGAUAACUUUUCUUUCAAUACCUAUGUUCAGUUGACUCGGAAUUACCCAAGGCAAGAAGAAAUUGUUUCUGAUACGGAUAUUAGCAAUGGAGUGGAAUCAGUGCCCAUUUCUUUCUGUAAUGAAAUUGACAAUAGAAAGCUUCCACAGUUUAAGUACAGAAAGACUAUGUGGCCACGAGCAUAUUAUUUAAACAGCUUUUCCAACAUGUUUACUGAUUCUUGUGACUGUUCUGAGGGCUGCAUAGACAUAACAAAAUGUGCAUGUCUUCAACUGACAGCAAGGAAUGCCAAGACUUGCCCCUUGUUAAGUAGUAAAAUAACCACUGGAUAUAAAUAUAAAAGACUACAGAGACAGAUACCUACUGGCAUUUAUGAAUGCAGCCUGUUGUGCAAAUGUAAUCGACGAAUGUGUCAAAACCGAGUUGUCCAACAUGGACCUCAAGUGAGGCUACAAGUAUUCAAAACUGAGAAGAAGGGAUGGGGAGUACGCUGCCUAGAUGACAUUGACAGAGGGACGUUUGUUUGCAUCUAUUCAGGAAGAUUACUAAGCAGAUCUAACACUGAGAAUUCUGAUGCUAUUGAUGAAAAUGGAAAAGAAGAGAAUAUUAUGAAAAAUAUGUUUUCAAAAAAGAGGAAAAUAGAAGUUGCAGAUUGUGAGGUUGAAGUUAUCCCAUUAGAAUUAGAGACAUAUCCUAGAAGUGCUGUGACUGAGGAGUGUCCACCUAAGCUCCAUAAUAAUCCCAAAGAGCCCAUUAUAGAAAUGAAAUGUAACAAUAUUUCAAGAAUUCAGUAUCAUUCAGUCAUUAGAAGUCCUAAAACCAAGAUGGCCAGUAUUCAACACAAUGGGGAAAAGAUGGGAUUUACUUCCUCAGAGUCUGUCACCUCAGAAGAUAAUGGUGGAUUUAAACCAACUCAAGUACAUCUGAACUCUAAAGCCAAGGAAAUGAGAGAGGACUCAAGCUCAAACCAAGCUGAAGAUUCUGAAGACAACCCUGUGAUUGAAUCAGAUGUGAUAGAUAUAACUAAAUGUAGAGAAGAAACUCCACCAGGGGGCAGAUGUCACCAAACAGUCACACUGGAUGAUCAGAAUGAGAUUCAAAUACAAAAGCCCCAAGAGGAAAAAUCUCCAGCAUGUCAAAACCAGCAGGUCUUUUGUGAUAAAGAGUUACCAAGUGAAACCAAGAAUGCUUCAUCUGAUUCUCUAAAGAAGUUCAAUAAAGGGAGUGUGUUUUUAUUGGAUGCCACAAAAGAAGGAAAUGUGGGCCGCUUCCUUAAUCAUAGUUGCUGCCCAAAUCUUUUGGUACAGAAUGUUUUUGUAGAAACACAUGACAGAAAUUUUCCAUUGGUGGCGUUCUUCACCAACAGGUAUGUGAAAGCAAGAACAGAACUAACGUGGGAUUAUGGUUAUGAAGCUGGGACUAUGCCUGAAAAAGAAAUAUUCUGCCAAUGUGGGUUUAAUAAGUGUAGGAAAAAAAUAUUAUAAAUCUGUAGCUAGUGCCUGUUCAUGAAAUUAGCUUAUCAAGCUGAAAUUAGAGUCAUGCAAAAGAAACCCCAGUGGUCAGUGGCAUUAAUUUAGGUUAUGAUCCAUCAAGAGAAUUCCUCUCAGUUUACCCUUGUUGGGGGGUCCAUUUGCAUUACUUAGAAACACUAGGAACAAAAUAAGGACAUUUUCAUAUGCAUAGGGUAUCUCUUUAUUCUUACUGCUGUUCAACUGUACAUGAGUAGGAUGGAAGUGUAUAUUUUAUAUGAAAUACUGCUAUAUAAUUUGUAACUUAUUUGUAAAUUAUAUAUUAAGAAAGACAAAUGUCACAACUGAUUUCAGCACUUCUCAUUGCUUUUGGAAUUAUCUUUGACUUUCAUGGCCCCAAAGGGCCAAAGCUCACAUCUUUACCUACAAAAUUUAUUUAUGUUUAAUUCCUGGCAAAUAAUUUACCAUUGUGAACCAUAAGGUGGGCAACAGAGCCUGAAGCAUCUGUCGAAAUUCACUUCAUGCAUAUUACUUCCAAGUAUUUUAGUGCUAGUUGGAGAAGCUGUAUCUGGCUCCGUGAAAGUGUCCCAUCAGUCCGUUUGAAUGAGAAGGGGUAGAAGCUCUCCUGUGGGGAAGGUUUUGGCACACUCUUUGCGAUUCAAUUUCUUUUCCACAGAUUCUCUUCACUCCUUCCACAUAAACACGGACAGGAAAGGAGGGAGUAGAAACUUGGAGGAAUUAGAAUAUUUUUGUUCUAGAUAGAGCCUUAUGAAAAGGAAACUUAGAAAAUAGUCAGACAUGGCUUAUUUAAGCCAGAAGAGAUUGUGCUGGGCAAGAAUUUCACUUAACAAAACAAUUCUACUGAACUGCAAAGUCUGAAACAGACCCUUGGACUCUCCUAGGCAUGAUGUGCAAAUUAUUUUCCUAGAGAAAGUUACUUUGCUCUAGGUUACCUGACCAUGAUUGUCUAGUGGAAAGAGGAUGAGAAUCUCCAAGAGUUAAAACUAAUUUUAUCUAUAACAAAGAUAUACAUUUGGCUGCCAGGAACUUCCCACUAGGAACCAGGAUGGGAAUACUAGCUCAAAAAGGAGUAAUUAAAAGUAGUUCUGGUUUUUGAGGGGUUUUUUUUCUUUUUUUUUUUUUUUUGAUCUUGAUUCUGGAUUUAGUUUGGUUACCUUUCAAACAAAAAUCUCUUCUAAGUUGGGACCCGAUUAAUUUCUUUAAAAUAUUGAACUAAAUAAAAAUUUAACUUGAAAUUGGUUUAGAGAGUGGGAAACCAAAGAGCUAGGAAAGGGAGCAAAAUAUUAUAACCCAAACAGCCUGUAGACAGAUGAGGAAAGUUGAGAAGUCCAUUUAUUCACAGUAAAGAUGCAGGAAUUUUAGGCAAUGCACUAAAAUAAAGUGAAGACACUUGAUAAGUAUGGAAAAUGUUUUUGUGCAGAAAUCAACAUCUUGAUCUGCUUCAUUCUGUACUGGUUCACAGCUGUCAUCUUCCGUCAGCAUCCUAGAGAUUCCCUUUGUCUUCCCUAUGUCAGGUCUGUUGCCAGUUAAAUCCCGUUAUUUCCCCUUUCCUGGAUUUACUCCCACAUAUUGGUGAAGCACAUCCUCCAGUAGCUUUUGAAAGGGAAAAAUGAGAGGUGAAUAUUUUGAGCCCUUGUAUGUUUGAACAUGUUAUUUUACCCUUACAUUUGAUUGCUAUUUUGGCAGGGUAUGGGUACUCAGUUCGUGAGUAGCUUCCAUACCCAAUUUUGAACACAUCUGCUACAUUCCAGUGUUGCUGCUUUGAAGUCUGAAAAUGUUCUCACCUCUGGCCUUCAGGGUGACUGUUGGAAGUCAGAUAAAGCUGUUCUUUAUCUUUUGUAUACGUGGCCAGUUUUUUUCAAGCUUAUAGCAUUCUCUUUGUCCCAAUGUUCUGUUCCCAGUAAGUUAGUUUUCAUACCUCAUACCAGGUGCUUGGUGGGAGGGAUCUUUCAAUCUGAAAACUUUGUUCUUCAGAGAAAUUUUCUUGAACUAUAUUUCUUUAAUGAAAUAGUUCUGUUGUCUGUUAUCUGUUGUCUCUUCCUAUUUAUCUAGACAUUAGACCUCCAGGAUUGGUUCUCUCAUUUUCUUAUCUUUUCUCUUAAUUUCCAGCUUUGUCUUCUUGCUCUACUUUCUGGGAGAUUUCCUCAACUUAAUCUUACAAUUUGCCUAUUGUGUUGGGUUUUUGUUUGGGGGGUUUUUGCGGGGUGGGGAUUGGGUUUUGUUUUGUUCUGGUUAGGUUUUUUUUUUUGGGUCUCAUUUUAAAUUUCUAGAGCUCUCUUCUCUGAAUGUUUUUUUUUCUUCAAUAUCCUAUUUUUGGUUCAUGGUUGCAGUAUCUUAUCUCUUUGAAAAUACUAUUUAUAUAGUGUAACAUACAUACAGGCAUUCAUAUCUAUAUUAUCUUUUUCCUGAAUAUUCUGUGACCUGCAAGGUUUGUUUCUGUGUUUUCCCUGUAUGUGUCCUUUGGUCUUUGUCGUUCAUGUUUUAGGCUUUCCUCAGUUAGUUAGUUAGAUCUUGGCAGUCUGCUCAUUCUUUUUUUUUUUUUUAAAUAAAGGAUUUUUUUAACAUCUUUAUUGGAGUAUAAUUGCUUUACAAUGGUGUGUUAAUUUCUGCUGUAUAACAAAGUGAAUCAGCUAUACAUAUACAUACAUCCCCAUAUCUCCUCCCUCUUGUGUCUCCCUCCCACCCUCCCUAUCCCACCACUCUAGGUGGACGCAAAGCACCGAGCUGAUCUCUCCCUGUGCUAUGCGGCUGCUUCCCACUAGUUAUCUGUUUUACAUUUGGUAGUGUAUGUAUGUUCAUGCUACUCUCACUUCGUCCCAGCUUACCCUUCCCCUCCCUGUGUCCUCAAGUCCAUUCUCUAUGUCUGCAUAGAGGACAGCAUCUUUAUUCCUGUCCUGCCCCUAGGUUCUUCAGAAUCAUUUUUUUUUUAGAUUCCAUAUAUGUGUGUUAAGUCUGCUCAUUCUUAAGAGUGGAACACUGAAAAACUGAGAUUAUAAACUGAGAGCGGGGUAAGGGGCUCUUCAACUGCUUCACCUGACCUAGCUGAGCUCUUCAGUUUCUUAUCCAGUCUCUUUAGGACUUUCUUUCUGGCCUGGCAAGGUGUACUCUUCCAUCUUACUGCUUGAAAGAAAAAAAACUUUGCUGCCAGAGCGUGCUCUUUUCUCCCGUUUUGCAUCUCCACACUCUUGCUUCUGUAAUCCAUUUGUGUUUGUCAAGACUAUCCAAGUUAUCCUUUUUAAUAUUGUUCUCUUUUCUGUCCCCAGUUUGCCUCCUUUCCUCUCUUUAAAAUCUGCUCAAAAAACAAGACCUCCAGGAGUUUUCCUUUGAUUAGUUCCUCAGCAAACCACCAGCUAUUACAUGCUUCUUUUACAGAGCAACUUAUUUUUUAACUGUAAUUUAAUUAUAUGCGUUUGUGUUCUCUACAUGUGUAUUCCAUGCACCAAAAACCUUGUCUUGUAUGGUGCUGUGUACCCAAUGGGUGCUAA